GGAAGUGAAACAAUAUUAGGCCUACAUUAGUUAUUGCAUUAGUUAUCAACAGGAGAUCACAUAGUAUAGCCUACUAUGUGUGAGAGUUCAGUUUUGGGGAACUGUUUUCCCCCCAUCAGAGUCAGAAACUAAUAAAUGCCUUAGGACAGAUCUUUUUUUUUUGUUUGUUUUUAACUAUUUGGUGUAGUCUGAAGUUAUGGGUUAAGUUAGAAGUUAGGCUAUUUUGGCUAUUUUGGCUCAAAUGUUUAGUGUCUAUGGGAUCAAAUAAUAUAAUCAUGAUCCCAUAGGCAUCCAGGAAUUGAGCGAAACUUACCAAGUAAACUAAAGAUGUGGUGGGGAAGGGGGCACCAUUUUCCAAGCUUUGUCUGCAAGGAGGCCCGCAAUCUCAGACUUUGAAAACCCUUGAUUUAAAUUACGUCUGCUCCCUCUUCCUCAUUGUAAAAUCCACAAUAUUUGUACUGGAGAACUGUAUUCAUAUCAUGCUUGGUUUCCAAACUUAUGUCACAAAAUCCUUCUUGUAUAGGUACACAUUUUAUACUCAGAUUUAAAGCGAGCACAGAUAAACGAUCCCGCUUUGACAGAUGAAUUCUAAAACUGACAGGUGAACUCUGCACAUAACAUCAUUCUGCACAGUGUUUGCCUUAAAUCUGGAGUGGAGUAACAAUGAGCAAAACAAAUUUUCAGUGGCCAGGGUAUCUUUUAAAUAGCUUUUACCCUAGUUAUUAAAGUCAUUGAUUUUCUUUCAGUCUGAUGCAUUCAUUCAUGAUGAAAUGUAAAUUAAAAUACCUUGAUAACACAUCUCUUAGAGUUACAGAAUCCCUACUCAAGUCAGAGCACAAAGUCUGCUGUCUGAUUAAAACUACGCUAAGGACGAUAAUUUACACAAAAGUACACACAACAAACUACAUAUGAUUCUGUUAUUAAUAACCUUUUUACACCUCCCAUACCAAUUAGCCAUUAUACUUGUGUCCUCAAGUGUGGGUGCGACUUCUCUUUUCUGGAAACAGGAAGGACAUGAGCCAAAACCUUAUAAGCGAGAGCUUUGACAUCAGUUAGUGAGUUUUCACCCUGACAACAUGUGCACUGGAAAAUGCUCCCGUUGCAUUGCCUACACUCUGUACCCAUUAGUGGUCAUAGCCAUCAUCUGUAACAUAGUGUUGUUCUUUCCCGGAGGGGACAUCAAGUACGCCAAAGAUGGACACAUUGCCGAGGAGGUGAAAUACAUGGGGGGACUCGUUGGAGGGGGUUUACUGGUGUUGAUCCCAGCACUUUACAUCGGCUUGACUGGAGAAGAGGGCUGCUGUGGAAAUCGCUUUGGGAUGUUCUUAUCCAUUGUAUUUGCUGCAGUGGGUGUGGCCGGUGGCCUUUACAGUGCCUUUGUAGCGGUGCUUGGUUUGAGUAACGGGCCCCUCUGCAAAGUUGGUGAUGAAUGGACAACACCUUUUAAAAACAGUGAUUUUUCCUACCUGACUGAUGACAAGUUGUGGGGAAACUGCAUAGAGCCUAAGAACGUGGUGCAGUUCAACGUUGGAUUGUUCAUCAUUCAGAUAGCAGUCAGCAGCCUGCAGGUGAUUCUCUGCGCCAUUCAGAUGAUCAACGGCCUCUUUGGCUGCCUGUGUGGAACCUGCAACGACAAAGAGGAACCAUGGUCAGGAAGCUCUGAUCGUGUACAAUUAUACUACAUCUGAAAAGACGACUGUUGCCGAGACUAGUGUUCCUGAGUGAAUCUGUAUAAAACAUUCACUUUGAAAUUGUUGCAGUCUCUGACAACAGAUUUUAACAUUUUAUGUAUAUUUUAUGAUGCUCCACAUGGUUGCAACGCAUUAGUUUAUGUUGUGAAAUAAGCACAGUUUCAGGAAUAACUCAUGCUAAUUAUACUCUAAAGUGGUUUUCGAAAUACAAGCUGCUGAUCCCCUGCUACAGCUCUUUGUUGUGUUUUAUCACAUUUAGCAUUUUACUGUAAUAUUAACUGUUUGGCUUAUACAUUUCAGGCAAAAUAAUAAAUACCACGCCUUCUUCUUCAGUAACACGUUUUAUGUUGAUUGUAUGAUUACAAUAAAUGUCACUCAAUACUGUU